AUGUCGGAGGUCAAAGAGCCCAACGUCACCACGACUUCAGAGCAUGGCGAAAAGAAUAAAAUCGUGGCGGAAAUCGCCAUUGUCGCCGGCUCAGAGGCCAUCACAGAGGCCAAGCUGAAAGAGCCGGUCAAGCUCUUCACCAGCUCGGCGAUGCUCAUAUACGUUUGCGGGUUUGUGGGCUUCUUUUGCUCCACCUGCAACGGAUUCGACGGCUCCAUGUUCGGCUCUCUUCUUACCAACCAACACUUCAAGGACUACUACCGCGUCGGAAGUACUGGUGCAUGGGCUGGUAUUGUCACCUCCAUGUAUCAGAUAGGAGGUGUUGUCGUACUCCCUUUUAUCGGCCCUGCGUGCGAUACUUGGGGUCGCAAGGUCGGUAUGAUUGUUGGAGGCGUGCUUGGUUGCGUCGGAGUAAUAAUCCAGGCGACUGCUCCCGCGUCCAACCCCAUUGGCCAAUUCAUGGGCGGCCGUUUCUUACUUGGUUUCGCUGUACCCAUCAUGUCGACUGCGGGACCUGUGUACGUCAUCGAGACUGCGCAUCCUGCUCAUCGCGGUGUGAUUACUGGUCUUUACAAUACUUUUUGGUUCGUUGGGUCGCUUCUUGCAGCCGGCGUCACUCGCUGUUCUGCUAGUCUCGGCGGCAACCAAUCAUGGAGGGUUCCCGUAUGGCUUCAGAUGCUCUUCCCUGCGCUUCUCGUCGUGCUGCCGUGGUUCUUGCCUGAAUCGCCCCGCUGGCUUUAUACUCGUGGCAGACACAGCGAGGCUAAGAAGAUCCUCUCAAAAUAUCAUGGAUGCGGCAACGAAGACAGCAUCUGGGUCUCUAUGCAAAUCCGCGAGUAUGAGGAAUACCUCAAUAUGGAUGGAGGCGACAAGCGGUGGUGGGACUAUGGUAGUCUUUUCAAGACGCGCUCGGCCCGCUACCGUCUGGCCUGCAACUGCGUCGUUGCCGUCUUCUGCCAAUGGGCUGGCAAUGGCGCCGUCGACUACUUUAUCGCCGGUGUUCUUGAGUCUGCAGGUGUCAAGGACGAGAUUAAGCAGAUGAACAUCAACCUCGGCAAGAGCUGCAUGCAGCUUACCUUUGCUGUCAUCGGUGCAACGUGCGUUGAUAAACUCGGCCGCCGACCCAUGUUGAUAGGAACAUUCAGCAUCAUCACCUUUGUCUGGGCCGGUGCUAUUGGCGCUGUUUCGUAUCAGAACAAGCACAACAGCAUUCCUGCUGGCAAUGCCUUUGUCGCAAUGGUUGUCCUGUUCAACGCCGUCUUCGCCUUUGGUAUCACGCCCCUCCAGGCUCUCUAUCCAGUCGAGGUGCUCUCUUUCGAGAUACGUGCCAAGGGCAUGGCAUUCUGCCAGUUUUCGCUGACUGCAGCCAUAUUGGUCAACCAAUUCGCGUACCCCGUCGCCCUGGAAAACAUUGGCUGGAGACUGUACAUUGUCUUUGCUUGCUGGUGCCCCGUCCAAGCAUUUGUUGUUUGGCUCUUCAUCCCAGAGACCAAGAACCGCACGCUGGAGGAAAUCGACGACAUUUUCAAUGCGCCAAACCCGAGGAACGCCUCGCUCAUGAAGAAGAAGCUGGCCCACGAUAGCCAGGGCAAUAUUCUGGAGGUAGAGAAGAUCUAA